AUGUGUACCAUGGUGAGCACAGUAGGCAGUUCUCCGGCCUUUGUUCGAGGCGCAGCUGCGAGGAUGAUCUGUCCAUUUGUCGCCGUGAAUCGUAUUGGCGACCCCCGGUUCAUGCUGCUGAAGGAUGGUCGCACAUUUGUCAGGGCGCAUCGUCGUGUCAAGAAUAUUUGCUUCGCGAUGGCACCAGGGCAGCCGAGAAAAGCACACAUGCCAGCAUACCCAUACCAACCAAUAGAGUAUCCACGUUGGAGGAUGCUUCGCCGAUUGUCAACACGCACUGUUAUCAGGAGCGGUGAGACGUGUACGGUUGGUAGGCAGUUUGCCCGUUUGAAAGGUUUCCACGCGAUCCGGUAUUCUGGCACAGAUCUGCCCAAGGGGCUUGUCACCAACUUUCUAGCGCUCUGUUAG